AGCCGGGUGGAAGCCUCCUGGUCACGUGGGGCGCUGGCUCGUGUGCGACUGCUUCCGGUUUGUUAGCCGCUUUCCCUACGUCACCACAUUUCCCUCGAACGCGAUGAAACACCGUGGAAUACCGUGAGGCUGGUGUCCGAAACUCAACCGGGAACACAUUCAAAAUGAGGGACGCCGCUGUCCUGGUCGUGUCGUGUGUGAUCCUGUGCCUCCUCCUGAGCCUGAGCCACGCAGCCCGACAAGGACAGGACAUCAGAUGUGGAGCCUGCAGGGCACUGGUCGAUGAAAUGGAGUGGGCCAUCUCCCAGAUCGACCCAAAGAAGAUGAUCCAGACCGGGUCGUUCAGGAUCAACCCGGACGGCAGCCAGUCCAUCAGAGAGGUUCCUCUGGCUCGCUCUGAGGGCAACCUCCUGGAGCUGAUGGAGAGCGUGUGUGAAAGGAUGGAGGACUAUGCAGAAAGAAGAGAAUCCUCUACAACCAGGAAAUCCUACAUUAGGAUAAAGCCUCGGGAUGGUGGGGCCAUGGAUCUUUCAGAAGCCAUGUUGGAUUCAAGAGUCACAGCCGGUUUGAAAUUUGCUUGCGAAACAAUUGUUGAGCAGCAUGAAGAUGAAAUCAUUGAAUUCUUCGCUCAUGAGACAGAAAACGUGAAAGACAAACUGUGCAGCAAACGGACAGAUCUCUGUGAUCAUGCUCUGAAAAUUCCCCAUGAUGAACUCUGAUGUGAUCUCUCGUGGCUGCUGUCUCCCUUGGUCUGAAUUGGAGACGCUAUUGGGUGCUAUUAUAUCAUUUUUUAUGUUUUCAAUAUGGCAGUGGAGCAGUUGUGUGCUCUUCACCAAAUGAAACUGUGAAGCUGAGAAAAUAUAGGUAGACUGCCCAGUAGAUAGAGCUCCAACAGGAUUAAUCACACCUAAAUAGUGAGUAGUCAACUCAUGACACAUAACGAUCAGGUUUUAAUUUGGUGUUCAAGUCCAUGUUCGGAAAAGAUAUUUGCAGAAAAGCUCGUUGUCUGAGGCGCCGUUCCUUUGAUUAGGUUUAAAUAAACAUAGUGAAAAUGUGCCUUUUUAUUGCAGAAAAAUAUAGAACAACGCAAAGCACUAAUCUGUUUUAUUUGAACUUCAGUGUUUAAUAAUUACAAUUGAAAUUAUUGACUGAACAAAGUACAGAUAGUGAAAAUCUCACCUGCAUUCCAGUGUUGUAUACGUUUACAUUGACAAAAGGAAUUUGUUUUUUCAUACCUCAGUUGACCAGUGAUACAUGAGACACAUUUUGAUUUUAAAGUGAUGUUAAAGGGCUCAAAUGUCACAAAAUGUUUGGGUAAACGUUAAAAAAACCUGUGUAGUUGAUUACUUUUUCCAUUCAGCCUAUGCAAUCCAGGGCAGAACAACAAAUCUUUGUCCAAUUGCAUAUAAUAAAAUAAAAUAUGAGCUACUUGGGCAGUUCUAUCUUUAAAAUCAGGAUGCUGCUUCAUUGUGUGAUGGUUGCCUCUCUAUUGCCGUUAGUACGCUGCAGCCUUGUCCUGGAGCAACAUGUCCUCAUGCUUUACUGUUGGAAGAUCAGGAUGUUUAUUGUCAUAAUAUCUGUAAAAAUGAAAAUCUGUGUCUUGUGAACAUUUUGAAAUUUCUUUUUUUAUCUAUAAACUUUAAGUUUCCUUAUUAUCCGUUAUUUUCUAAAUUUGUUGAAAAUCACAAAAAUCAUUGCAAAUAUAUUUGUACAACAUCA